UUGCCUCUUCUGGUGUUUUGUGGGUGAGCCCAGCAUAAGGGCAGAGAUGUCUAGGAUCUCAGAGGAAUGAUUUGAAAAGGAAGAUAUGAGUGGCUGGAGUGUUUGAUUCUAUAUAUAACUAGUUGAUGUCAGCUGGAUGCCAAUCCCUUUGAAGAGGAUCAGCCCCCAGUUUGUCUCAGUACUAGGUACCAUGCAGAUCCAAGCACAAGGGUAGAAACCAUCCUGGACCAGGCAGGUCACCCCCAUUCACAACUAACUCCUGAAGUUUCAACUAAAGAGUUGAGAUCACUUUUUUCUGCAACGAAACAGUACGCAAGGAAAAAUCACAUCAGAAAAUCACAAUGUUAUCACAUUCUGCCAUGGUCAAAGAGAGGAAACAACAAGCAUCAGCCAUUAUGGAUGAAAUACAGAGAAAUGUCUCACCCAGCUUAAAUCUUGGAAAAAAGGUCAGUACCCCAAGAGACAUCAUGGUGGAGGAACUAUCAACACUCAGCAAUAGAGGCGCGAGGCUCUUCAAGAGACGUCAGCGGAGAUCUGACAAAUACACAUAUGAAAACUAUCAUUAUGUUGCAAACAAGCCAAGAAAUCGUGGAGAGCCCAUACACAGUGUUAAAAUGGAUGGCCUCAGUGUUGAAGGAAUUCCCCAGCACGCUCCAAUGACGCCCCCUAAUACACCUGAUCCCCGGAGCCCACCACAUCCUGACAACAUUGCCCCAGGAUAUUCUGGUCCACUAAAAGAAAUUCCUCCUGAAAAGUUUAACACUACUUCUGUGCCAAAGUAUUAUCAGUCUCCUUGGAUAGAAGCCAUUAGGGAUGAUCCUGAGCUGCUGGAGGCCUUAUAUCCUAAACUUUUCAAACCUGAAGCAAAGCCAGAACUGCCGGACUACAGGAGCUUCAACAGCUCACACCUUACUGGCUUGUUCUGUAGGCAAUGGGAGUACAAUGAGCUCUACCCUCUAGCAGUGCCACAGACCAAACAGCAGCUUACGUAUUUUAUCACAUUUAACUUUUUUUUUUUUUUUUUUUUUUUUUUGCAUCUUUGAAAACAUUUGGUAACAAAUGAGCAUUUCCAUUACAAGCAGGCUUCAAAAUACAUUAGAAAUAGAAAGAGGUCUGAGAAUAAAGUUUCUUAUACAGUAGCUUGUACACUGGGGCUUUUUGGUAGAGCUUCUCGACAAACUGAUGAUAAUAGUUUGGAAAUAUUUUGAAAUUUUAAAAUUCCUGAUUCGUUGCUAUCAUUCAUUCCAUUUGCAUUAUCGUUAUUCAUCAGUCAUGGACAGUUUUUUACUACAGCUUAGUUAAGCUUAAACUCCUUCCUCAAAACAACAGACGGAUGGCAAUGUAAUUAAAAAGUUCACACGUAUUUAUUUAGUGAAAAACACCGCAAACACCACUUGGAUUCCUACCAUAGAUGGGCCUCAACUAUGAGUGCAUGGAACAAAAACUCUGCAGUACAUCAAAAUUGGCACUGCGGACACCACACUAAUUUUUAUAUCCUAAUACAAUAUAACACACAUCACAAGUGUGUAGCACACUCUUGUCAGUAAACAAAAUAACAAAUACAAAUCAGAGAUAUGCUACAGCUGCCAACAUUGGAACAGUAGCAGCACAGUUUGUGUACUAUGGUCAUUGCAACAGACAGGGGAAAAAAAAAAAAAGACAAAGGUACAUAUAGACAGAAAUAGGGAAAGAAUCAGUGUUUCCUCACACAAGAGAGAUUUGAAGUCCAGCACACAAGUCAUCACUGUUGAAAGAUAGGAUCAGUCAAGGCACAGAGUGCAUCAGUGAGUUGAGACAGUAUCUGAUGGCUUAUUUGUGAAUUUCUAGCUGCUUUGUGGUCCUAUAAUCAUUUAGUUGUCCUCUAUAUAACACUAACUGUUCAGAUUUCUUCUUCAUUCAUUCUUGAAACUGCCAUAAGAAAACCUAAAACUUGCCACAUACAAACAAAUCCAGAUUGUGAAACUGAUAGAUUCUUGCUCAAAAUGCAAGACACAGAGAUAUAAUCUAUGAUACUUAAACACACCACUUUCCACAGUAAAAAUAAUAACAACAAUAAUCUAGUGAAUCCAGAAAAACUGAUACAUACAGUACACUCUGAUAUAUGUUUUUGAGCAAGAAGGACAAGCUCCAAAAGAAAGAAUUUGCAAAGUUGAAAUUCAAGAUACUAGCUUAUUGGAGAGGAUCUCAGGGCCAUGAGUUACAUGUCUACACGUCUAAAAAUGGAUAGGAGAGUGGAGUGCCUGAUAAUGGGAUUGAAAGCAUGCAUCCAACCUGCAACUGUCAACCUAGUUAACUACAAAUAUUACAGAGAAGGCUAAGUGUGACCUCUGCCAGAAUACUGAAAAUAAAUCAGAGUUGGGCCAGAGGGAAUAAACACUCUUUUUUUCUCUAGCUGAACAAUAAAGGAGCUCAUGUGGAAGAUGAGAAACUAUGGUCCGAACCUGAAUGCCUAGAUCUUUUAAAGUACUCUCUGUAGUUAUUGCUUUUAGUAAGGGGAAGAAACAGAUUUAGGAGCAGCAAAAAGAUCCUAAAUUGGAGCACCUCCCCUACGAAGACAGGCUGAGGGAGCUGGGCUUGUUCAGCCUGGAGAAAAAAAGGCUGC